AUGUCGAGCAACGUACCCAUUAGAGAAGGCGACAUCACGGCGCCGACGCCGCAGAACACGCCUUUGAACCAGGCGCCCAUCAACCAGGGGCUCUCGCGCCCGACUGUCCCUGAUAUCUCGGAGGAUAAUGAAGGCGAGGAGGAGACCUCCUCCCCUACUACCGGUCUUGCUGGUAACAUGCUUGCGGGCCUUGUGCAGGGCAAGUUGUCUGGUUUGAUCGGCAAGAGCUCUGGCUAUAUCGAGAGCCUUCCGGUCGAGGUAAAGAGGAACGUCGAGGCGCUCAAGGGCGUGCAGGUGAAACAGGACCAGCUGCAAAAUCAGUACAAGCGCGAGUGCUUGGAGCUGGAGAAGAAGUACGCAGAGCUGCAGAAGCCCCUGCUUGACCGUCGACACGCGAUCAUCAUGGGUGCGGUCGUUCCAACGCCGGAAGAGGUUAAGGCAGGCGAGGAAGUGUCGAAGAAGGAUGACGAGGAGUAUAAGCCUUUACCAGAAGAAAUUCCCGACUCUACCAACGGUAUUCCCGAGUUCUGGCUCACGGCCCUGCGCAAUCACGUCGCCUUAUCCGACAUCAUCACGGACCGUGAUGCUGGCGCUCUGAAGCACCUUACGGACAUUCGUCUGUCUUACCUGCCUAGUACGGAUCCUAAGCCGGGAUUCAAGCUGAGCUUCUACUUCUCUCCUAACGAGUAUUUCGAGAACGAAGUGCUGGAGAAGACAUACAUCUACCAGGAGGAAGUUGGUUAUUCGGGUGAUUUUGUGUACGAUCGCGCGAUCGGCACGGAGAUCAAGUGGAAGGAAGACAAGGAUCUGACGAAGGAAUUCGAGAUUAAGAAGCAGCGCAACAAGAAUACCAACCGCACGCGCUUGGUGCGGAAGGCUCGCCCGACGGAAUCGUUCUUCAACUUUUUCAGCCCACCCGAGCCUCCCGCAGAAGAUGCGAUCGAGAAUGGGGAGAUUGACAUAGACGAACUGGAGGAGCUGGAGGAGAAGUUGGAGAUUGAUUACCAACUUGGGGAGGACAUCAAAGAGAAGGCGAGUUGA